AUGUUAAUAGCAUCCUUUUAAAUUCUACUUUCAAUUAACUUAGCUGCUUUUUCAAUACUGUCCUACAACUACUUAAUUAGCCAAAAAGAAGUAGUAUUCUAAUCGUAUUAUAAUCAAGAAUAGGUGGAAAACAUUAAUCGAAUCGAAUAAAUAAAUAAUGCUCUAUUUCCCAUCCUUGAGGAUAUAUCUUUUGACCCUGAAUUCAGAAUAUACAGGUAUACUGACACAUUAAAUUGCCCAAUUGAGAUGAAUUAGAAUGAAUGCCAUGUCGAGACUUGCAAUUUAAGAAAUGUAGAGGGAGAAGAUUCUAUAAUGACAGUGGACUUGAAAUAUAUGGGAGAGAAAUACACAGGACAACAAGGAUAAAGCAUAUGGCUCAACAUAUAUGAAGAACUCGGAAAGAAUUCCACUUCAGAGAUGCAUAAUCAUUUCAUCAAUCUAAUAAAGGGACUUCAUUCAUCAAUAUCUGUCUCAAUCACUGAGUAAUUUGAUUAUGGGAAUAAAACAGGAGCUAAUGUAGACUUCUUCUUUUGGCGUGUUGGUGAUUAUCCAGAUAGAAUUUAUAAUCUUUAUUUUUUGGAGUCAUUCUUAAUCUAAGCCUCCAAAUUUCUCUAGAUUAAUCAAAUUGAAUUGCCACAUUUAACUUAAUUGAAGGUGCAAGGAUUGUUAUCCUCAUACAAUUUAAUGCCUCUUUAUAAGUUUGACUACUUCUAGAAUUUAACCAAGAAAGAUUUAGAAUAGUAUAAAAAUGACAUUAAAUUGCUUGAUUCUUAUAUGGAUUGUGUGCAUUGCAAAAGAUGCAAGGUUAAUGGAAAGCUAUAAAUUCAUGGGUUGGAAACAUCUAUUGAACUUUUAUUCCAUGAUGAUAAAGGAGCAUACUUUGAAAAAAAUGAUGUGACAGCCUUCUUGAAUACUUUUUAAAAGAUAUCUAGCUCAGUGAAAUCAAUAGAAUCAAUGUUCGAAAGAAGAAAAUAAACUCAAUAUCACUAUUUCAAGUUGUCAGGCUUUGGUUUUUUAUUUUUGCUUUUCUUAUCCCAAGUGGUCGUGUUGUUAAAGAGAUGAAUUUACAUAUAUAUUGUAUUUUAAAACAUUAAACAUUUUAUUGAUAUAUUUCUAUGA